UGCCAAUGUGCCAAACAAACCCAUAGUUAAAACGACGCCGUUUCCAGGGGCACGCACAGCAGACUGGCAGAGCCGCAGAGGAUCCUUAUCGUAAGGCUGAACGGUCUGUUCGCAGAACUGAAUCCCCAAACUGCUGACAACAGCAGUAAUCUACGAAUGGCGGAUGCGAAUCAAACUGAAAGAGUUCAAUCAUUAGCUCAAAAAGGUGAAGCUUUUGUGCCGCCGGUAUACGUACAACCACCCUGUAACAGGCCUCGAGUCAACGCCGAUGACUCCGUGCAUCCGGUCCCGACGAUCAACCUUAGCUCGCCGACUGAGCUCCUCCUAGGCGAAGUCCGGCAGGUUUGCAAAGAAUGGGGAGCCUUUCACGUUGUAAACCAUGGAGUCCCUGUCGAAUUGCUUGAUGAUGCUAGGCGCGUCGGCCGUUCUUUCUUCCAGGACUAUCCCAUGAAAGAGAAGAUGAGGUACUCCUGCGAUCCCAAAUUUCCUGCUUCUGAGGGCUAUGGCAGCCGAAUGUUGGUUACUCCUAGCGACACCGUUUUGGACUGGAGGGAUUACUUUGAUCACCACACGUUUCCUCUAUCUCGUCGCAAUCCAUCUGGCUGGCCUCACUUUCCUUCCGAUUACAGAGGAGUUGUUGGACAGUAUGCCGAUUGUAUGAAAGUCCUCGCUGAGAGACUUCUAGAGUUGAUCUCCAAGAGUCUAGGCCUGCCUUGUUCUUGCAUCAAAGAUGCAGUUGGGGAAUUGCAUCAAAACAUUACUUUCAGUUACUACCCUCCCUGCCCACAACCGGAGCUUACUCUUGGUUUGCAAUCACACUCAGAUAUGGGCACCAUUACUCUUCUCAUCCAAGAUGAUGUUGCUGGGCUUCAAGUUCUCAGGGAUGGAAAUUGGGUAACUGUAAAUCCACUGUCUGAUGCUAUACUUGUGAUCUUGGCUGACCAAACUGAGAUCAUAACCAAUGGAGAGUACAGAAGUUCUAUACACCGUGCUGUAACAAAUGCUGAACGACCCCGGUUUUCAAUCGCAACAUUCCAUGACCCCGCAAAGACGAGAAAGGUUUCCCCUGCAUUUCAUCCACCGAAAUACCGGGAAGUGAUGUAUGGCGACUAUGUGUCAUCGUGGUACACAAAGGGUCCAGACGGAAAGUGGAAUCUUGAUGCCCUUGUUCUUUAACUGAUUUGUUUGUCAAAUAAAGCAAAUAAGGAAGUGUAAAGUUUAAUAUGGGACAACCCAAAAAGGAAAGUGUAAAGUUAAUUAAGGACCGGAUGGACAUAUUUUUGGUUGGCUACACUAUUUGUUGUGUGAAAUUGUAGGCCAAUGCCCGAGCGACUCCAUUGUGUAGUGACCAUUGUCCAGUGACACAAUGACCACCUCCAGCCUAGUGAUCACUGCCCGUCCUAGUGAAAAAGAGAAGUAGAAUAUGAGGAAGAAGAGAUGUACCUAUUUGAAGGUGAACACAAUGCAAGGCAGGUGUGCUGGGCGAGACGUUAGAGAAGGCGAUGAUAGAGAUGAGGGACGAUUGGUGGACAUGUUGUGAUGGAAGAGACGACAAAGGUGAUGAAUGGCGGCUGAGGCAGAGUCGGCGGCACAACGGAGGCUGUAGGUCUGAGGUGGACGAAUUGUGAAGAUGUAGCGAAACCAAAACUUGGAAAGUUUGAGGAGAUAAGAGUUUUGUGUUGUAUUUAUAUGAGAGUAUUCAAGUACAUUCCUAUACAAUUGAUCACAUUUUUGUUCAAAUUUAAACUUAAUCCUAUUUUUGUCCAUUCAUAAGCCGUUGGUCUUACUUUUGUUGUUCUUUCAUUAUAUGAUAGGCGAAUUGAGG